AUGAAAAGGUUUCUUUUUCUUUUAGUUUUCUUUGUUUUAUUAUUUAGUAAUAAUGAUGUUUUGGUAAGUUCUCAAUUAACUCCCGACACAAGUGGCGGAUCUAUAUCAUUAUCAAUCGUCUAUAAAAAUCCAAUAUUUAACUUAUAUCCAAAAAUUUCAUCAUUAGAUGUAUGCUCCAUCAAUUAUAAUUUUUUGGUUGAAGAAGAAUUAAAAACAUAUAUUAUUGACUUAAUUCAGUUUUCCCCUAAUAUUUCACCAAUAAAAUUAAUUUUGAAUAAUAAUUAUAAAAGUUUAUAUUCAUGUACCAUUGACAAGGUUAUACCAGGUAAUUAUAACUUUAGUUUAAUGGCGAGUUCUGAAUCAUCAUCUUCAAAUUUUACACUUUCUUUCAAAUGUAAUUGUAAGUAG